GCCUAACUCCCUCUUAUCUCCAACCUCCUCUCCGCUCUUUUUCUAUACAAGAACAAACGAACAGGAGGUCCUUUCAGACAUCAAGGCACGGCCAUGGUCUAUUCGCCCCUAGACCAAAUCUAGAAGAUCUAAACUCGCCAACAGAAGAAGAGAAGAGGAGCACGAGAGAAGACAUGAGAUGAUGGCACGUGUGGUCUAGUACGGCGUGCACAUGCCUUGUUUCGCUCACUUCUCCUUCGCCUCCGCUUCCUCCUCCUCUCCCUUCUAUUAAUAGAUCCCGGGUUUAAUUUUCCUUUGGGUUUUUGGUGGUGAGGUUUGUUUGAUUUCAAGCUCCACCUCCACUGCUAGACAUCUCCCAUCUCUCCUGUGAUUUGACAUCGGAAAAGAAGGCGACCAGACAUGGCUUUCCUUUCACCUCUCCAUCUCUCCUUCUCCCCAUAGCUCUUGGGUCUAUUCGGCCUUCUAGACCUUCCCUUCUACUCCUCCUUACUCUAUUUUUCUCCUCCCCCUGCCUUCUAUCAUCCACUUCUCUUCCUUAUAUUUAAUCUCUUCCUUGUUUUCUUUCGGGCUCCGUUGGUGAAGGGAUGGAGGAAUUCUCCCACUUGGGUGGUGGAAACUCUAGGGGGUCUUUCAUAUACCUUUCCUCAUCGUCGGCCGCCGCCGCCGCCUCCACCACCACCACGGCAUCCCCUACUCCACCGCCGAGCUCCGCCGCCUACGGGCGGAGCUUCAAUCCCACUGCGCUGCUCCAAAACCCUAGCCCUUCAACCUUCAAAACCGAGGCCGGCUCCUCGCAGCACCAGUCUCAGAAGCUUGGGGAGAUGUCGCAGAGCGAUGUGGAAGCUAUCAAGGCCAGGAUCAUCUCCCAUCCUCAGUACUCCAGCUUAUUGGGAGCUUAUAUGGACUGCCAAAAGGUGGGAGCGCCACCGGAGGUGGUCGCGCGGCUCUCGGCCAUUGCCCGCGAGCUCGAGGCGCGUCGGAGCUGCCGACACGAAGCAUCAGCCGAUCCCGAGCUGGACCAGUUCAUGGAGGCCUAUUGUGACAUGCUCGUUAAGUACCGGGAGGAGCUAACGAGGCCAUUGCAGGAGGCCACGGACUUCCUAAAGAAGGUGGAGUCACAGUUCACCGCUCUCACCAACGGCGCCUCAGCUCGCUUCUUGUCUACUGAUGAGAAAUGUGAAGGUGUUGGAUCCUCCGAAGAGGACCAAGAUGCCAGUGGAGGUGAAUCUGAGCACCCGGAGAUUGACCCCCAAGCCGAGGACAAAGAGCUGAAGCAACACCUUCUGAAGAAGUACAGGGGGUACUUGAGCAGCCUUAGGCAAGAGCUGUCCAAAAAGAAGAAGAAAGGGAAGCUUCCAAAGGAGGCACGGCAGAAACUACUCAAUUGGUGGGAGCUGCACUACAAAUGGCCUUAUCCUUCAGAAACUGAAAAGGUGGCCUUGGCAGAAUCAACGGGCCUCGAUCCAAAGCAGAUUAACAACUGGUUCAUCAACCAAAGGAAGAGGCAUUGGAAGCCAUCCGAGGACAUGCAAUUUGUCGUGAUGGAUGGAUUCCAUCCACAGAAUGCUGCUGCUGCUCUCUUCAUGGAAGGACAGUUCAUGGGGGAUGGCAUGUACCGCCUUGGCCCGUGAUCUAUGCCUGGUACAACCAACUUAUAAUUCAUCCCAGGCAUGCACAUAAGUCUCCGCAUAUAACCAUAUCUGUGCACACGUACGUACAUGCAGGAUUAUCGUUAUUUUUGAAUGGGUAUUUUACUUGAUCAUUAUUAAAGUACUUAGCAGUAUAAUUGUAGUAUAGCUAUUUUGGCAGUUUCAAAAUAGUUGCUACAGUAACAUGUUCAUAGUGCCAAUCUUUGGCCUUCGACCGGAGGUCAUCUGUUGCUUGCUUCAGAA